AUGGGCAAACAUUAUACAACAAUUGACAGCUCUCACGGAUUAUUCUGUUUGUUCGGUAAAACCGACAGAAAAGCGGUUAUCUGGAAUCCUUCUAUUAGGAAAGCGGUUGAUGUUCUUCUGCCUGAUAUGGCUGAUGAUGAGAUUGAGAGGUAUAGAACCGUUUUAGGGUCUGGGGUUUGUCGGGAGACUAAGGACCCAAAGAUUGUUCAGAUAAAGAUAGAUAUAGAUAUGGGAGAUGCGGUCCCGUGGCAAGUUGAGGUGUUUACGUUAAGCACGGGGGUUUGGAGAAGUGUGUAUAGCGGCAAUGUACCUAGUAAGUUUGUUAGAUUUAGUACUGGGGAACAGGUGGUUGUAGGUGGAGUUAUUUAUUGGCUAGCUAGUGGGCUUGCUAGUGAUAGGGUUGACGGUGGACAUGGGUGUGAUAACUUGAUUGUUUCGUUUGAUUUGACGAGUGAAGAGGUUGGAGAAGUGAAGCUUCCGGGUAGAUUAGCCCAUACUCAUGUUACUUUGUCUCUGUUUAAGCUAAGGGAGUCCCUUGUUGUGAUUGAAGGCGGUUUAGAGGACUAUCAACUGGUUAUAGCACUUUUACUAUUUUAA